GGCACGGUCAGUCAGCCGCACUCCGCGGAACUAGAGUCGAUUGCAAAUCCUAAUCGAAUCCCGUCUCAGCUACACACAUCCCACCAAGAGCCAGCCCCUCGAUCGAUCCGUCACCAUCAGCUAGCGCCCUCUCUGUUUUCAAGACGAAUUAGUUCAUCGGCAUCCAUGGACCAUGGCCCUGGUGGCGGCACAGCUACUACCUGAUGGCGUCCUCGCCAGCGUCCUCCGGCGCCUGGCGCCGCGCAGCCUCGCCGCAUCUCGCUGUGUCUGCAAAAGCUGGUGCGACGUCGUCGACGACUGGCGCCUGCUGCGGACGGAUCUCCUCCCGCUAUCCCUCUCCGGGAUCUUCUUCAUGGAGGAGAUUUUUCCGGCCCUCCCGAAAUUCUUCGCGAGCCCGUCGAUAGAUGGCAAGAUCGCAGCCAGGCUCGACUACCUGGACACCAAAUUUGAGGGCUAUCUGCAUAUUAUGGAUCAUUGCAAUGGACUUCUCUUGCUUUGGGAUCAACUGGUGGUCAAUCCAGCAACUCGACAAUGGGUGCGUCUGCCUCAGCCCCCCUGCGCCGGGUUGGAGGACUUCGCCGACGACAUGUGCCUUGCUUUCGACCCCACUGUGUCGCCCCAUUACGAGGUACUUCUUCUUCCCAAAGUUCCUCACAAGUUGGGUUCCAUGACUGUAUUCACGGAGGAAUCAGAGUGGCCGCCUUCUUGGUAUACAAUACGUGUCUUCUCUUCAAGGACAUGGACAUGGGAGGAGAGGGUGUUGGUCCGGAGAGGGGAGGCUGCAGGGGCCAUUGCUGACAUGCAGUCACCUAGGGCUAGGGAACCAGAGCAUCGCUAUACCGUCUACUGGAAAGGAGAACUUUAUGUGCACUGCCAAAAUGACUCCAUUAUGCGCAUAACCUUGUCGAAUGGUGAGUAUGAAGUGAUUAAACCGCCUACAAGCAUGGAUGAGUUUACAGAAUUUUAUAUAGGGAAAUCGAAGAAGGGGCUGUACUGUGCUUUAAUUUAUAAAGAUAGAUCAUACCGACUUCAGGUUUGGUUGCUUAGUGAAUUGAGGGGUAAAAUGGAGUGGGGGUUGAAGAUUGACACCAGCCUUGUGCCAGUGGUGGCAAUGUUUUCUUGGUUGUCUCACGAAGAAAAUUCCGGUCCGUGGAUCUUACAUGGUGGUAAUUAUGAUGGAGAUGGUAAAAAAGUGAUCGUGGAAGAUAAAUGUGAAUGGGACUUCAACAAUGGUAUUCUCCUUGAGGCAAGAGAUGGGGAUGAAUGCGACUUUGUCUCUGGUAGUAUUUAUUUCCUUGGAUUUCAUCCGUAUGAUGAGAUUGCCUUCUUGUGGGUGUCAAGAGCAAGAGUAGUUGCCUAUCAUUUGAGUAGCUCGAAAGUUCAAGACUUGGGCAUGUUACACGUACAAUGUGUAGGAGAUUCCUUUCCAUAUACACCAUAUUGGACAGGAGAGUUAUUUGAAAAGCAUUAAUUUAUGUUCCCAGGGGUUUGCUUUCGAUGCCAUAUGACUUGUAACUUACAGUGGUGAGUAUGAUUUUUUUACAAGAAAUGCAGUUAACAGUUGA